AUGACGGUCACCCAGAUAUAUCCUUCCAUCGCCCCGCUGCCGAUAACAGAAUCGGAUCUUCUCUAUCAUCCGCAACAUUUCGAUCCUCAAUCGCAAACACUUUUUCAGCAGCAGCAAGAACAACAACAACAACAACAUUCAUAUCUAGAUCCUGCCCUCGCUCAACAUGAUCUCAGAAUAUUCACUCAAGGGCUGGCGCAUAAUCCGAGCUAUGAUACCCCAUUAGCGCCAUAUCCUGCCUCGGAUAGUAGUGAUGGUUCGAUGGAUUUUUGUGGAGGAGCGAUGAAUUGGAUUAAUGGAAGGAGUGCCAAUAUGCCCACGGAUACAUAUCUUUAUAAUCAAACCUCUCCAUCGGCGCCUCCGUAUGCUCUAGCACUUACGUCACCCACGCAAUCGCUUUCCCCACGGGAACCGAAUGCAAAACGCGAUGCAUCAACUGCAGCCUCAGCACGAUUUCGCCAGAAAAAGAAACAAAGAGAAAAGAUUUUGGAGUUGAAUGUUAAGCAACAACAGGAGAGAAUCGGGAUGAUGGAAUGUAGAAUAAAGGAAUUGGAGGGCGAGAACGGAUUUUUGAAGGAACUAGUAAUGGGCAGGAUUAAGUGGAAAGAGGAGAAAGGGAAAGAGGAGAGUAAAAGAGAUGGAAAUGAGGAAGAAAAAGACAAUGGGGAGACGGAGUAA